AUGCAUGAGUUCUGCGAACCUCUGCCGCGACAAGCUGUUAUUUCUAUUCUUGGGGGAAAGAAGAAAAAGAGUGCAGACAUUACCAAUUUGAGUCACGCGCACGGGAUUUCAAGCUUGGAAAUGGGGCAAGUUCUAUCCUCACCCCGAUUGGAGGAGCAUUCUCCUUUAGACGACGCCCAUGUCUCUGGUCUCGAGGGCUUGACGAUAUACCAGAAGAAAUGUCGCCUGAUUAACCUUGAAAUUGAUCGCCAAGGGAUGGGUCGAUAUCAGUGGUAUAUUUGGAUUUUAUGCGGAUUCGGCUACUUCCUCGACCUUCUUUGGGCUCAGGCGUUCGGCCUGGUUCUCAGUCCUGUGCAGCAAGAGAUGGGUUUUAGAGACGGUCAGUCAGGAAACAUCUCGACGAGCUUCAACGCUGGUCUAGCAGCGGGUGCCAUCUUCUGGGGUUUAAUUGCAGAUAUUAUUGGCCGGCGCUGGGCAUUCAAUCUGACCUGUCUCAUCUCCUGCACAUUCGGCCUCUGUCUCGGCUUCUCCAACGACUAUACAACAUUUCUUGUUAUUACUGCCUUUGUCGGCUUUGGGGUUGGUGGAAACAUACCUGUUGACAGUACAAUUUUCCUUGAAUUUGUUCCGCAUAACCGUCGCUUCCUGCUUGCUUGCUUGUCAAUCUUCCAGCCUCUUGGUGUAGUCGUGUGCAGUGCCAUUGCUUUUGGUUUCAUCCCCGUCUAUGCAUGUUCUCCGAACUUUUCCGCAAAGAAUCCUCUACCAUCGUGCCGUACGACCGCUCCCGGGGCUGCUUGCUGCUUGCGUUCCGACAACAUGGGCUGGCGUUAUUUUCUAUACACUUUAGGCGGCAUAUCCCUUGUGGUAUUCUUUCUGAGAUUUGCCGUCUUUACCUUUCGAGAAACUCCAAAGUAUCUCGUGUCCAAAGGAGAAGAUGCCAAGGCUUUGGAGACAAUGCGGCACAUAGCCAAGGUAAAUAGACAGCAAUGCCGUCUCACCAUGGACGACUUCCAACUGCUCGAACCAGACAGCAGCAGUGACGAAGCCAUAUCAUCCGACUCAUUGAUUCCUGGCCAAAAAAUAGUUUCAUUGAUGGGAGGGAGCCGUAUCAGGUUUCGCCGCUGGAUGGAGAGGUAUAAGGUGCUGUUUAGUGGCUUUCAGAUGACGCGACUAACCAUCCUGGUAUGGCUCACUUAUAUCAUGGACUUUUGGGGAUUCACUGUCGCUGGUUUCUACCUUCCGCGAAUCCUGGCCCUCAAAAACGGAGCUGCAUCCGCAAGUCUUACGUUUACAUACGCUGCAUAUAUUUACACCUAUGCUCCUGGAAUUAUCGGAGUUCUCCUGGGAGCCUAUGCCUGUCGUGUUCCUGCCAUUGGGCGCAGAUGGACCAUGGUCGUGUCCUCGGGCCUCAUGGGCGUGUCUAUCAUUCUCCUCUCUAAAGCUGACACAAUCGCUAAAAAUGAGUCGCUCUUCGCCCUGCAAUACUUCUUCCAGUCUAUGUUCAACGCAGUAUUGUAUGGAUGGACGCCUGAAGCGUUCCCGGCGCCCGUGAGGGGAACAGCAUGCGGAGUGGCUAGUUUCUGGGGUCGGCUGUUUGGCAUUGUCAGCCCCCUCAUUGCGCAGCACUUAUAUGGGAGAACGACGGGGCCCAAAGGUCAUGGCGAUAUUAACAGCGUGCUGUAUUUAGCCGGUGGGGUCUCGCUGGGUUGUGUAUUAACUACGGCGUUGUUGCCGUCCAGACUAAUGGAUGCCCACGAUGAACGCUUAUAA